AUGGAGCAAGAAGCGCAGGAAAACACGACGGCUGCUGUAAAGGUUUCGACGAAAGAAAGUGGCGACGACAUGACGAACAUCGCCGUAGCUGAUCUGGACUCGUACGUUAAUGUUGAACUCAGCACAGAAAACAACGCAGCUGGACAUAAUGUGCUUGAUAUAACUCAAGCUCUGUUUCAGAAUGAAGAUGAGGCAGAGGAAGGAGAGAGUGAUGAUCAUGAGGACGGGGACGACAGUGGCACGGACCACUUUAACGCUGAUAAGUCAGGGACCCAGCUGCAGAGAUGUGAGCGCCAAGGAGGGGCCAACUCAAACCUGCCCGACACCUUCCAGACAGGACACCUGCUGUUCUACGAGAGGUUCAAAGCGUUCCAGGACUACAUACUGGGUGACUGUAAGCCCUCAGAGGUGAAGGACUUCACAGCAGACUACCUGGAGAAAGUUGUGGAGACAUGUGAUUGGCAGGCUGUGUGGUCUACAGAUGUGUUUGAUGUUCUGGUGGAGGUGUGUGAUGUGGAGUUUCCGGAUCUGAAGGCGUGUGUGAAGCCGGUGCUGCCUCUGCAGUUUGAGUCCAGAGGCUGCGAGCUCAACGAGGAGACUAUGAACACUCUGCUGGAGGCGACUCGACACAAGCUGCCCCUGCAGGAGCUCCAGGUGGUCUAUGAGGAGUCUGGAGACUUUGACCAGACCGCCCUCGCCAUUGAGCACCUCAGAUUUUUCUACAAGCACAUCUGGAGGCAGUGGGACGAGGAAGAUGAAGAUGAUGACUUUGACUACUUUGUCCGUUGUGUGGAGCCUCGUCUAAGGCUCUACUACGACAUGUUGGAGGACAGAGUCCCAUCAGGCCUGGUGGUAGAGUACCAGUCCUUACUGGAAAACUGCUCCCAAUGCUUCCAGCAGUUCUUGGCGCUGCGCAGCUCCCUCAGCAGCGACUCUGACUCUGAGCCAGACAACGUGUCCAUGGUGGAGGGCCUGAAGCUCUGCGAUCAGCUGGAGACAUUCAAACGCAAGCUGCACAUCAUCGAGAACCCCUUGUUGAGGUAUGUGCUGGGCUACAAGGGUAACAGCAGGCAGCAGAGUGUGCAGUGUCGUGGACCGAGAGCUUCAGGUGUUAAGGUGGUCCAUGUGGUCACAGCAUCCUGCACCAGCUUUCAGCUCCAGUCCCUCCUCAAUGACCGACUGCUGCCUCAGUGCUCCUCUGAGGACACUGAAAUCCAGUUCCACAGAGAGCCUGUAUCAGCAGUGGAGUCAUGCUAUCAGGGUGACGUGGUCAUUAUUCUGCCGGGGAACUACAGUGUUACCAGCUCCAUCUUCCUGCCAGACUCCAUCAGUAUAGAAGGUUUCGGGCUCCCUGACGAAGUGGUGAUAGAGAAGAAAAACAAAGGGGACUCUUUCGUCGAGUCCACGGGAGGCGACGUCAGAAUGUCCAACAUCAAGUUCAUCCAGCACGACGCCAUCGAAGGCAUUCUGUGUGUGCGUCAGGGGAAUCUGACCAUGGAGAACUGUGUGAUGCAGUGCGAGACCACCGGAGUCAUCGUCCGAACAUCUGCCCACCUCACCAUGAACAUGUGUGACCUUUAUGGCUCCAAGGGGGCUGGUAUAGAGAUUUACCCCGGCAGUGUAUGCAGUCUGGUCGGCAACGGCAUCCACCACUGUAAGGACGGGAUCCUCAUCAAGGACUUUGCUAAUGAGCUGGACGUGAUGCCGUCCAUCACCAUGGAGAACAACGUAAUCCACAACAACGAAGGCUAUGGGGUGAUUCUAGUGAAAACAGGAAACGGCGAGGAUCAAAAAGUUCCUAACGACAAAAGUGAAGAAGACCUUGCAAAAGAAGAUGCUGGACAGACCGCCGAGCACCUCAGCAUCACAUCAACAGCCCCGAGCAGCAGCAGCAGCAGCAGCAACUCAGUGUCCACAGAGAACAGCAACAACGGCGCAGACGGUGACGCAACCGCCACCUCAGGCAGGAAGUGGCAGUUUGGCCGGCAGCUGAGCAGAAACAAGGAGGCGUCCUGCAGCCGAGCCGUGCAGAACCUGAUGGACCACGAGAUAUUCGUCUCUAUCCAGGGAAACCAGUUCAGACGCAACGGCAUGGGCGACUUUGGCACUUUCUUCUGCUGAGAAACUAUUUGAGACUGUCUGUAACUAACGUCUUUUUAAGAGCACCAAACAUCAGAGUAUUUUUGAGCAACAGCUGAAUAUUUUAAAAUGUAUAUUGCUGAAAAAUAUUUUCAGAUGUCGACUGAGCUGAUUCAGAGUUUAGAUGCUCUGUAAAUGCUGUGAGCAUGAUGUGAUGAGUUAAGCUGCUUACACACACACACACACACACACACUUCCUAUUGAAGCAAUGAUGAAUGACCCCCUCUUGAACUUGCACGAAUGCUUUUAUCUUAUUUAUUCCUCUGUGCUCUCAACUCAGAAGUGUGAAGCGUUUUUAUUUUUGUUUUUUUUUAAUGCAUUAUUAGUUUCUGAUACACUCGUCACUUUGAAUGCAGUUUUGGUGGCGAGACUAAAAUCUAAUAAAUUUGGGUUAUCUUUAAGGUGGUUGCUUGUUGAAACCAGUGCACUGUUAACAACACUGAGUUCUUUGUUCACAAAAAUAUGCUUUAUUUCCACUGUUAUGAGUUGUAUAUAUAAUAUUCACUUGGUGCCUCAGGUUUUAAAAGUUUGUAUUUUAUAGUAGUGUGAAGUCUUAGAAAUACUCAUGUUGUCUGAAACUAACAGCCAAGUGAAACUAAAGUGAGAGGUUUAUAUUUAGAUCAGUGCAACAGAGUUAGUCUUAGAUUGAACUAUUCCUGCUACUUCUAGAAAUUGUUAAAAUAAUGAAUUUCCUGGAUUAAAAAGUGGCCUUUGAUUACAUCAUAUUCCUACAGUGUAUAUCGGUUAUGAUACAUGCUGUAAAACACAUUUAAUGUGAAUUACACACACUAGCUGUCUGAAUUUGUUUUAAAAUUAUUUGCACUAAAGUCAUCUAAAGAAUGUAGAUAUGACAUCAAUGAGUCAUCAUGACUUUACAUGGACCUCUGCCUUGCAAUAGCUGGAUAUCCUCCACAAGACCAAAAUAUGAAAAAUUAUGUUAAAAAAAAUCAAAAUCGAAGUUAUAAUUUUUCUGAUAAUCAGCAUACUCGGCAUCAACGCUGUGACAGUUUCAAAUAAAUGUAACAAAUAAAAACUUGUCAGGCUAAUGUUUCCAUGUUGACAUGUUCUUUUCUGUAGCAGGAACACAUGACUAAUGAACAGUCAUUUUACUCACCAUCACUAAACAGUAGCCUUUAUAACUGACUUGGCAUUCAUUUGGACAGCCU